AUGACAUCAGCAUCUAGUACAAGUGCACGUUCGCUCUUUGGAGAUUCUAAAAAUUUACUAAGUGAACGCGUUAAACUAAACAUUAAUAACAUGUCUUCGGUUAUAAAGCAGAUGCAAAAGAGUUCAAAAAGUCAUGAAAUCAUUAAUCAUAAUAUUAGAGGUCUUGCGACACAAGAAAGUAGUAUUGAGCGGACUGAACAAAGUUUAAAUCAAUUAAAAAGCAUAUGUACAAAUUUUAAUCUACAAUUUGAAGAUUUAAUACAAUCAGUUAACAUGAUUGAAGAAGUCAAAGAACACGUGCAAACAAUGCAAAGAUAG